AUGUUUUCCGAUGGGCAUCUGUGGAUGUCUAUCUUAACGAAAACCCCUGGGAGUUGCUUUUCUAGAUUCCAGAGAAUCUCUUCAUGCCUCUGUUUACUCUACUGCACAAUGGAUGCCAAUGCUGUGUUUUAUUACUUGGGUAACGAACCCUCCCAAAAAAUCAGCCUGGGACCACUCCGAUUCUCAGCGCGACAAGCUCUUACAAGCCUUCGGAGUAUCCUUCUCACCUUGCCAACUCACAUCAUCAUUACGCUGUUUAGUAAGGCCUCAGCAAGUCCUCAGAAUCGAUUUUGGCGAUGCGUGCUUUUCUUGACGUGGGGUCUACUUGGCUUAGUGACUGCCACGUCGGCAGGUUUGACUGUGUCAUACAGUCUCAUGUGGGGAAGCGAAAAAAGUCAAGAGUGGAUGUCGUCAGUCUCUGUUUCCAUUUUUCAAGAUAUCUUUGUGUUGCAACCUCUUAAAUGCUUUUUCCUCGCUGUGCUGGCCUCGAUGUUGUCAAACUGCAGAGUCAGAAAGGUAUUUUGCAGUAAACAGUCCCCUGUGGAAUCUGCAGAUGACAAUCGAAGUUCAGCAUCCGCAAAGCCAAAUGAAUUGUCAGCAUCGAGGAAAAAAGGUGUGGCAAUGGCCAGGCGUCGGUUAAUAAUUAGACAGACUCUCUUUUACAUUUUCUUUCUUGUAGUUGUUGGUGUCCUUACGUACGGAAACAGAGAUUUUUCAAGAUAUCUGUUCGUCAAAACUUUGGAGGACCACACGGAAAGUUUUGAGGAGGUAAGGAAAUAAACGGAUAGAAAAGGAAAGAUCACAGUUUUUUAGUUGGGAUGACCCAGCUCAAACUUUACAAUUUUCCCUAUCUUAUAGAAAAAUACUAUGCAUACACAGAGCUUUUCAGUACAAGGUGGUCAUAAGCUUGAGUCCAGUUCAAUCACUCUUAAAGGCAAUUAAAAUUUUCCUCUGAAAUAUAUGAUUUUUGUUUAUUUUAUACAAUUCAUGCACCACCUAGAAACUCUUAGUUGGAUAAAAUGCUGCACUGCUUUUGCUUGUUUUCGACUUUAAAAUUGGGACUUAACUAAGGAUGGUCUCUAACGAUUCUCUUGGCAGGAAUAAGAAAUACCUUGAUCAGUUUAGAAGAAAAUAAUAUGCAUAGUAAUGAUUAUACAUUGACACAGUUUUGAAAUGUGCUCCCUUCCUAUGAGACGAAAACCAACAAAGGUCCCCAGUAUCAUUGCAUGUAGGUAAAGUAAUUAUUACUCACGGAAAAAUGAUAUCUAUUAUUUUGAGUUGGAAAACUCCUGUGUACUAUUUUUCUCUACUUAUUUUUGUAGUUGAAAGAUGAAACUUCAUUCUGGAACUGGAUAAAUGAGUCGCUGAUAACAUAUCUUUACUCGACAAAUCAAGAAAGCAGUGAGCUGGCAUCGACAGUGAUCGGAAUGGUCAGAAUGCGCCAGCUGAGAGUGAAAAAAGGUAGACCUAAUACACUUUUCUCAUUAUUAUUGCAUGAAUACAGUUUAACUCCUAACACUCAUUUUCUACUUAGUUCAAUGCCUUUCGGACAAAGUCACACAAUGGUGGCAACAGCCUUGCUUAGAGUCCUACUCUCGCAAAAAUGAAUACAGAGAGCCUCUUCGUUCUAAGAAAGGAACUUCGUCACUCCGGUUCAAUCAGUGUCCAAUUCCAUGGCUGCAUAAAACAGCAAGCGAACUCGACUCUUCUUCAAAAUGGGGCCGCCAUGCUUGGUAUGGUGGCGGUGGGUAUUUGGCUGAGCUGGGCUACGAAGAAGAAACUGCCCGUGCGAUAACAAAUCUUUUGCAAUCAGAAACUUGGGUCGAUCGUCAAACAAGUGCCAUCGUGUUGGAGUUUUUGCUUUUAAAUCCAGGGACAAACAUUUUGGCUGUCUCGUCUUUUUUUGUAGAAUUUCUCCAAACUGGCCAGGCAACGGUUAAAAGAAGCAUCGAUACCAUCUCGCUGUACACCACAGAAUCCUUCCUACAGAUUUUUCAAGGCAUAUGCUUUGUGUUCUUUAUAUCCAUGGUUAUUUUCAAAAUCGGCGAAACAAUAGCACAUGUAGUUAAAGGGCGGUGCCGAUACUUUUGCUCUUUUCGGUGUUUGCUUGAUUUUGGCCAUUUAGCGACAUCCAUUCUACUACUUGCAUCAAGUUUUAUGAAGUCUUACCUCACAAAGAUGAGUGUACUUAGGCUGGAUGAAAACAUAUUUGCUCAUAUAAACUUUGAAACGCCCCUCGUAUGGGUAGAAGUUGAAAACAGUCUUCUCGCCUUUCUCACUUUCGUAACAACCUUUAAGCUACUACAACUUACCUAUUUUAAUUUCUACACGCGGUUGUUCUCUAAUGCUCUUAGGAUCUGGAUGCACGACCUUCCCUCGUUUUGUAUGGUCUUAUCGAUCAUAUUUCUUGCUUUUCUGCACACGGGGAUUUUAGUUUUCGGUCCAUCCAUCGGCAGGUACGCGAGCUUUUGGCGGGCCUUUGCUUUCCAGCUGGAGAUAACUCUUGGCAAAGUAAAGGCUCGACCCAUAAAGGAACUCGCUGAAGGCAUCCCAAUUUUUGGACACCUUUUUGCGGUUUCACUUCUUUUUAGCAUUACCAUAGUUUUAAUGAAUUUUUUUGUCUCCACAUUAAAUGAUUCCCUCGCCGAAGCUAAGACUGCGGAAAUAGAUAGGGAAACUGAACAGGCGGUAACUGCUGGGCAGCCUGUGAAUACAAUUGUUGACAAGACUGACGGAGUUGACGUUUCAUCAGAGAAUAAGGAAAACGAGAGGAAAGGGGAGAAAAUGCGUGAAGGAGAGACAACCGAAAGAGGGAAUCGCGCGAUAUUCUUUGAUAAAAUCAGCAAGUGCCUCAAGACAAAGACUUUCUUUGAUGAAAUCAGUGAGCAGCUCAAGACCAUUGAUACCCUUCAGCUGCCCAUCCUGCGUUUAAAGGUAGAUAAGGUUUCCAGACGUAUCGACGAUGCCAUUUCUAAUGACGUGGAUAUUAGAGAG